AUCUAAUAAAAAAUAAUCCACGCAAAGUUGUGUGUGCAAUACUCCACUCCUCUCUUAUUUUCGAAUAUUCAAUAUUCGAUCCUCCAACGUGUAUUUUCCAUCGUAGAACAUUCGGUUAUCGCGUCAUCUUCCAAUGUAGCCUUUCUUUAACUGGAAAAAAAAGCAAAAUAUCGUUGCGAGUGCAUUGCAAUUUUCAAAGAAGACGCAUAGAACUUCAUUGCCUUAUUGUCAAUAAAAUAGCCAACCAAUUUCGGCUUUAUAAAUCUAGUUUCGUGUGAGAAUAUAAUCUAGGGAAUUUUGUCGUCCGACAUUAUCAGCUGAUAAAAACCCCCAGACAACAGUGUUAUUUUAUUUUCCUAGCAUAAAUUUUUAUUUCACAGUGUUGCUUUCGUUUAGUUAUCGCGUAUUUGUUUUUUUUUGUGCAUAUCUGUCGCGAUUUCGCGACCAAAAACGAGAGGCAAACUGUUUCCGAGUUAAAGAAUCGUGGGCGUAGUACGGGCCCGGAAAAACCGAACAUCAGUGGCAAAGGAAGAAGUGUUGACGUGGGAAAUGUCGUGGCUCAAUGACGGCCUUUCCCCAGCCAUUCUUACGCAUUUAAAAGGACAAAUUAAGAAUUUUACCCAAGAAGUCCUUUCUGACGGCAUUAUUAGUGAAACUGAUGAUCGUUCAAAUAAUUUGGAACAAACUAAUGAAGAAUGCGAUCGAUUGCAGGCGUUGCUCAAUUCCAAAGACGAAAUUAUAUCCGUACUGCGGAAGCAGAACAGUGAGUUGCAGAGAGACGCUCACGAGUUCCGGACCAAGGCUAAUAAUUCCGCAAAUAAUGGAUCGGGGUUGGAGGAGGAAGAGAACGACGGAGCUUUCUUUUGGGAUCCGCCGCCGAAGAAUCGGGAUGCCAAAACCCAAACGAAAAUGCUGCAGGAGCAGUUGGGUCAGGCCACCUUGAGGAUUCAUGAACUCCAACUCCAACUCGAUAGCUUACGAAAGUUGAACUCGUCGAAUGCGAAGGAUGAUGCAAAUUUCAAAGACGAAGGACCUUCGGCAGAGAAGUCGGAAGCCUUGCGUGCGAAACAGGAUCUGACGAACAGCGUUAUACAAUCGAAUGAAAAGCUUUCAGAUGGCGAAAAGUCUGAUUCUGAAGAAUUUGAUGAGAGGGGCAAGUUGCAUUGUACCAGGGAUAAAAUGCAAAUGAGGGCCGCACAGGAUCGUGAGAAUGAAUUGCGUCUAAAGAUCGAUGAGCUGGAAGCGGAAAAUGAGAAUCUCUCGAUGAGCAUGGAGGAGCUGGAUAAGCAGAAUGCCGUCAAUUUAGAACGUGUCUUGGCAAUAAAAGAAGAAAUUCAGAGAAAGCAUCAGUCUCUUCAAAGUGCGUACGAAUGCUUGUAUGUCGAGCACAACGAAGCUCUGUCGAAACUCGAUAAUCUUCAGUAUCGGAAGGAAGAACAAGAGGAAGAAUUAGUUAAACUUCAAAGGUCAUUGAUUAAAGAGACGUCAGAUUCUAUUGUCCAAACAGCUGGACUUUCCAAGAUCGACCAAGGAACGGAAAUGUAUUUGAACUUGGAAGACAAGCAGACCGAAGUUGAUUUGGAAGUUGAUCAGAAUUUGAGUAUCGAAGCCGAGAUUAAAAAGGUCGUGGAUAUUCUUGAUAAUGUUUCGUUUAAGAUUGCCAGCGAUAAUAAGAGCCAAUCGAUAUUUAUAAGCUUGGCGAAAGAGUUUGUCGAUUUGAAGUUACGAUACGAAGCAUUAGAAUGUCAAUUUAUCAAGCAAAAUACCGAGCUCACGGAGAUGCAACAAGUGCGCAAAUCAAUGGAGAUGGAUCGCGAAAAUAUGCAAGAAAAAAUCGAGACUUCGUGUACGGAAAUGGAACGAACGAAGGAUUUACCAUAUCAGCUGAAAGCGAGCGAAGGGCGCGUUUUCUCACUCGAGAAAGAGAUUGAAUGCUUGGAAGAAAGGAAUCGAGCGCUGCAUCAAUCCGAAUUGGACGUGUACACGAGGUUGGAUUCCGUCGAGAUCGUUAGCCAGGAAAGUGAUAAUGUUGACAUAUCCAAGUCCGUGGUACGGUCGGAAGGGAAAUUGAUAAGCGGCGAGAUAAAGGACACCGAUGACUUCUUGCGAGCUGAUUUCGAUGAAAAUACCAAGCUAAACUACACCAUUGAGAUUUUAAAAAGUCAGCUCGAAGAAUCAUCAAAAAUCAUAGAUAUUAUGGAGAAAAUGAAAUUAGAGAUUGAAUGCGCUAAUCAGCAGAUAGACAAGGCACCUAUCCACUCGGAGAUGAAUAAUGUUAGCGAGAUAACAAACAGCGGUGGCGAUACGAGUGAAAUGAAGGAUACUAAGGAUCUACUCGUGACUCUCAUGAAUCUUUACGAGAAGAUCGAUAGCAAUAUUAUAAGAUGGAAGAGUAUUGAUACAAAGUGUCAAAAGGUGAUUGCAGAUGUUGAAGAGCGACAGGAGAUUAUUUCAAAUGAAAAUCGCACCGCUAAUAAUACUACAAUGUAUACCGAUGAUUAUGUUUCGUCGUUAGAGAAUGAGAUUAAAGUGCUGAGAGAUGCGUUACCGACGAUAGAGUGCCUGCAGGAGGAGAAUAAAAAAGCAAAUGAAGAAAUUGAAAGAUAUUGUGCGCGAGAGAAGUUACGAGACGCCGAAAUCAAUGCGCACAAAGAAUUAAUUGUAAAAUAUCAAACUGAGCUCGAGCAGUUGAAAACUGUCGGGGAUGAGAAUCAAAGCUUGAGAUUGAAAUUAAAUAAAUUAUCGGUGGAAAAAUGCGAUGCCGAGGUUAAUACGGAUUCUUUAGAGACGGAAGAUACGCGUAUCGAUGACCCAUCGUUAACCCAUAAAGAGCACUUGCAGCUUCUUAGUGAAAUGAGCGAGAAAUCGAAAGAGAUCGAGAGUCUUAGAGCGACGGUUGCGAGAGAUAAGGAGUCGGCUUUAAUGGCACGGGAAACGGUCGAAAACUUGUCACAAUUAAUAAGCUCGAAAGACGAGGAAAUAAUUAAGAUUAAUUCGUCCUUCAAUACAUUAAAUAACGAGCGAGAGGAGCUCAUUAAGCUUGUGCAAGAGAAGCACAACGAAAGCCUUAAAUAUCACUCGGAAAUUCAGAGACUUACGCAACUAUUGCACGAACAAACGACUAAGCUGCAAAAGCUCAAUGCGGAGAAUGAUGCGAGCUUGGCGACAUUACAGGAGAAGGAGGAGCAGCUAUUGUGGGCGCAAAACGAGCUGCAGGUAAUCAAGCAAAGACUUCAAAAUAUCGAAAAGUCAAAUAAUUACGAGGAUCGUUGCGGCAUCGCUGAUCACACCCUGUUGAGCAAUCAAGUUUCUUCUCUAGAGGAAAAGAACAAAGUAAUGGAGGCUGCGAUUAUUCAAGACCAGGCGAACAUCAGAUAUCUCCAGAUGCAAUUAACCGAGUCUCAAAGCAAGGAGGCAAUCGCCCUAAAGGAAGUCGAGAGGUUGAGGAAUCAUCUUGUUGAAAUGGAGGCAAAUUAUAUGGAAGAGGCCUUGCAAUCCGAGGAAAUACAGAAGAAGUUGGAAUCGCGGCUGAUGCAGGUGGAAGAGACGUUGAAGAAUAGUUCGACCAUGUAUACGUCAGCCAGUAUAAGAGCCAAUCAACAGGUGGAAACUCUGCAACAGCAGCUUGCACUAAUUGUUCAACAAAGAGAUGAUCUUCAAAAUAAGAUUUCAUUCGCGGAUGAUAAAGUUUUGUCUUAUACGGCGUCGCUCACGAAUUUACAAUUAGUUUUGGAACAAUUUCAAAGAGAUAAAGAAAAGGAUAUUCAAAUUGCAAAAGAGAAACUUCACGCUCAGCUUCAGGAUUCUUUUAAAAGACAGGAGGAUCUUUCCAAUGAGAUUACGAAUCUAAGAGAUCAAUUGACAGAAGCUAAAGAAUGCCUGUGCGCGGCCUCGAGAUUGACAGAUCAAUUAGAAAGGAAGUCUGAGCGCAUCGAGCAACUCAAUCAAGAAGUAAAUAGAUUAACCGAGCUUGUGAACACGGCUGAUCAAAGAAUCGAGAGUGCAAAUAAGAGCGGCGAAGGAAAAGUAGACAGAUCGCUUGUUAAAAAUUUAUUGCUCGGUUAUAUAUCAUCACCAUCGAACGACAAAAUAUCGGUUCUGCGUGUAUUUGCCAAUGUUCUUGACUUUAACGAAACAGAACGUGGAAAUUGUGGCCUAAAUGGUGCUACCGUUAAAAAUGGAUGGUUCUCAGCAGUAACCAAUAAUAGCCCUUCCACUUCCAAUAAGGGACAGGACACAUCGUUAUCAUCGGCAUUUGUUAAAUUUUUAGAGAGCGAGUCCCAGCCAAAACCACAAUUGCCAGCUUUACCAAUAUCAAAUUCGGCUAUCGGUAGACCGGCUCAUAGUAGGCAACACUCAUCUUCCUCGACUCAAUCGACACUGUUGCUGUCGAAUGUCACGCUCCCAACGUUCCCGGACUUUGUUCCAGCCAGAAACACGGGAUCGAUAUUAAAAGAAGUUCUUAAAGAUAGCUGAUAUUGAGCUUUACAUUGUUAUAAUUAAAUAACAUUUAUCGUAUGUCGAAUUGAUUCUAUCUUAUUUGCAAAAGAUAAUUUUUUAAAUACUUGUAAGAUACUAUUCCUGUAAUUAUAAAUGCUCUUAACCGAAAUACCU